AAGAGUGAUAAGCCAUCGGCAAAACCCUGUCUUUGUUUCAGCCCUCUCUCAUGGCGACUCAGCUCUUCUCUCGCUCGCUCCCUAAAACCCUAAUUUUGACGUCUAUGUUCUCUCGUUCCUUUCUCACUGCCAACCGAGCCGCCAUCUCCGCCUCUUCUUGCUCCUCUUCCUCCCUUCUGCGCUAUCUCCGUCCCCUCACUGCUAUAGUCGGCGCUGAUUUCCGCAGCGUCUCUCCGGCGCCGAGCGUGAGGGAGUUUGCUACCCGUGCGACUUCUUCCUCUCUCAACGACCCGAAUCCUAACUGGUCUAAUCGCCCACCCAAGGAGACUAUAUUGCUCGAUGGUUGUGAUUUUGAGCACUGGCUCGUUGUCAUGGAGAAGCCAGAGGGGGAUCCCACCAGGGAUGAGAUUAUUGACAGCUAUAUCAAAACGCUUGCCAUGGUUAUCGGAAGUGAGGAAGAAGCUAGGAUGAAGAUAUACUCUGUUUCAACCAGAUGCUACUUUGCAUUUGGGUGCCUUGUUUCUGAAGAACUUUCUUACAAGAUUAAAGAGCUGCCUAAGGUUCGUUGGGUCCUUCCUGAUUCAUACUUGGAUGUCAAGAAUAAAGAUUAUGGAGGGGAGCCUUUUAUCAACGGACAAGCUGUUCCAUAUGACCCGAAGUACCACGAGGAAUGGAUUAGAAACAAUGCUCGAGCGAAUGAGAGGAAUAAGCGCAACGAUAGACCUCGUAAUUUUGACAGGUCAAGAAACUUUGAGAGGAGGAGGGAAAACAUGCAAAGUAGAGAAUUUCCAAAUGCUUCACCAAAUCAACCUACUGGACCAAACAUGAGUCCGCCAGCUCCAAGCAAUAUGCCUCCCAACAAUUUUAACGCCGGUAUGCCGCCUCAGAACCGUGGAGGAAUGCCCCAAGGCAACUAUGCAGGAGGACCACCACCGCCGCCACCAAACAAUUUCAGCGGUCCGCCGCCACCACCACACAACUUCAGCGGACCGCCGCCACCACCACACAACUAUGCGGGAGGACCACCACCACCACCACCAAACAACUUUGGCGGACCGCCGCCGCCACCACUGAACAACUAUGCUGGACAACCACCACGCAACUAUGCAUCACCACCACCACCACCGCACUCCGGGGCACCACCACCACACAACUAUGGAGGGCCACAGGCAAACAACUAUUGGGGAGGUCCACCGCCAAACAACUACGGUGGACCUUCAAACUCCGGCGGGCCACCUCCACAAAACAGCUAUGGAGGAGGAGGGCAGCCUAAUGCUGGUGGAUGGUCCAGUAAUGUGCAUAACAAGCAACACGAGUAAGUCCUUAACUGGUCAGGGAGUUCAUUAGUUGUUUGGAUUUAUUGGCUCUGCUUGGUUCAAGUCUUAAAUCCUUCUGGUCACUGAGUAUUUGUUCUGGUGCUACGAACGAUAGAGUUUUAGUUUUGGUUUCUGAGUAGGAAUAUGCUAUAAAAAAAACCCAUUAGAAGUUCUAAAUUCGAAGUACUGUUUAAAAGAUGCAUGAAAUUAUGUAAUAUUCAUAAUGUUUCCUUUGUUUAUGAAGUGGGCAAAUGGUAUUUGUCUCUUUUGGCCA